AGGGCGGGACCGAGCUUCCUGCCCCGCCCCGCCGGGUCCCAGUCCUCAGGCACGAGUCUCGCAGCCACAGCAACGGCCUCUCAGAGGCGGCCGGACAGAACCUCGACGGUCGAAUCAACGACUGAAUCCCAGAGAACAGUGCAGGGCGCCAGGUCCCAGGGCCAGAUAUCAGAGCCAGGAGGGCAUUCCAGGUGUGGGCAGCCAGGCCAAAGACGUGGAGGUGAGGAUGUGUGUGACUUCUGGCUGAUCUAGGCAGCUGAGGGCGUCCGGAGCCAGGCCCACCCAGACUGGCCACCUGGGAGUUCCCCAAUAGCCUGAAGCCUUGGGCUCAGUUUUGUCAGCUGUGAACUGGGGCUUCGUCACUGAGCCACAGGAACACCUGGGCUGAGCUUCUCCCACCUGGCAGGCGUGGUGGCCUGGGACGCCAGUGGUGGGACAGAUGGACACCUUCAGCACCAAGAGCCUGGCCCUCCAGGCCCAGAAGAAGCUCCUGAGCAAGAUGGCCUCCCGGGCAGUGGCGUCCGCCUUCAUCGACGACACCAGCAGCGAGGUGCUGGACGAGCUGUACCGCGCCACCAAGGAGUUCACCCGCAGCCGCAAGGAGGCCCAGAAGCUGGUCAAGAACCUGGUCAAGGUGGCAGUGAAGCUGGGCGUUCUGCUGCGCGCCGGGCAGCUGGGCUCCGAGGAGCUGGCGCGGCUACAGCGCUUGCGGCAGCAGGCGCGCCGCCUGGCCAUGACCGCUGUCAGCUUCCACCAGGUGGACUUCACCUUCGACAGGCGCGUGCUGGCCGCCGCCCUGCUUGAGUGCCGGGACCUGCUGCACCAGGCGGCCGGCACGCACCUAACCGCCAAGUCCCACGGCCGCAUCAACCACGUGUUCGGCCACCUGGCCGACUGCGACUUCCUGGCGGCGCUCUACAGCCCCGUGGAGCCCUACCGCUCCCACCUGCGACGGAUCUGCGACGGCCUCACCCGGAUGCUGGAUGAGGACAGCAUAUGAUGACCUCCGACCCCGCUGCGGUUGCCUGCGGGGAGGGGGGGCGGGGCUCGAAGUGGAGCGGAGCUAACCCGUUCCUUCCUGUCUGACUCUGGCCAAUCACCCCU